AUGGGUUUCAAUCGCGUAUUACUUACCUUUUCGCUUGUGACGGUGCUUUGGCUCAAUGUCGGAUGUGGACUACCGACCAAAAGUGCAACGGACGACACAGAUGCUGCCACUAAUGCAGAGGAUGAUUACAAUCCGCAAUGUCUACCUUUGGACUACUUCGAAAAAGGUCAAUCCGAGGAAACAAGAGUAAAGCGUGACGAUGAAGCUGCGGAUGCAACAUCAACGAAUAAUGAGGAAGAUGAAUUGGUCGCUCAACCGGGCUUCGUUGCACCUGCCAGAAGACGACGGCCCUGUUUGGGCAGACGGAGAAACUUUACGAAAGAUUGUGGUCCACUUCCAAGGGUACGUUACGAUUGCGUACCAAGUAAAGAAUUUUGUUAUGGCAUCUCCACCACCGAUGCGGAGGAGGUUUAG